CUGGCCGGGCGCGAUCUAUAUUCGAAAAUUUUCCGCUAUAUCCGAUUGCGAUUUUCCAGUUUUGUGAUUUUUUUCUUUUUUUUUUUUGUGGCUAAAUCGAAUUUAAACGUUAUUGAAACCCGCCGUCAAAUAGUUACAAAAUGGCAGCCACAGCCUCUGUACCCGCCCGGCAAAGGGAACCCAAAAUUCCGGCGCCAGUGAGAAAAAUAUCCCGAGAUGGAGCCAGAUCCAGUGUGUCCACUAAUCCGGCAGUGCCCAAAUCACCAGAUGGACUCACCUCACUGGUGGGCAGGAAGAGCAUCACAUCCAUGUCGGAUGAGGAGAUUAUCCAGGAGAACCUCAACGAGAUACUUGACCUCAAGUCGCGAGAGGAGCGAAAAGCAAAUGGACGUCUGGUGGCUGUUAUUGUAUGUUUUCUAGUUCUCUUUUUGGCCGUUUAUCAUGCCUGCGUUCGAAAGACGGAGAACUCUCUGGCCGGUGUCCUGGUUCCUGCUGGCAUUAUGCUCUCCUAUGGCGCCUGGGUGGUGAUCCUGGCCAAGCGGGACAAGCGAAGGCAGGCAAUGUUUGAACGUCACAUCGAGGAGGUGACCCUGAAAAAUAAGACCGAAAUUGAGGAGCAUCAUGCCCGGCAUCAGGCCAAGAUGUUAGCUCAGCAGACAGGACACUCCACCACGGGCACGGAUUCCACAGGCAGUGCCUCCAGUACUCUCCAUUAUGUCAAUGAGCUGAUACCCAUUGGAGAGCACCGGAAGAAGCAGCGACGCCAUCGGCACAGGGAGCGAGAUGAAAGACCAGGAGAAAGGGAGAGGGAGAGGGAGGAGGAGCGGGAGAGGGAGCGGGAUCGGGAUCGGGAUCGGGAGCGGUUUCGAGAUCGAGAACGACAGCAUCCCAGCACUAUGGAGAUCGGUGUUCAUCGCUUGCCAGCCAAGAGACCAAGCAUACGGCAAAAGCUCUUUGGCCAGUCCAUUGUCCACAAGAAGCUGGUGGAGGCCCAGAGCGAUAGUGCGGAUUCCACGGGUCCGGGACCGGGACCAGGUUCCGGCCGGAGUCCAGGACACAGUUCCCAUCCCGCCGAUAAGCGCCAGAAACUGCAACGAAUGGACACCUUGGCCUUACCGCAGGUGAUCCGUACCAGUUCGGCGCCAUAGAUUUAUGUAUAUAUUAUAUAUACAUUCGUAGCUAGGAUAGGGAUAGCUUUUGUAUGGCGUAAAUAAAUGUAUUAUAAAAAAAAACAGAAUUAUAAACAGGAAAUCCGAUUUUAUAAAUAGACGGCAAUCAAAGAAAGGAAACUCUCCACAAUCUUUACAUCUGGCCAAAAGAAAACAUCUUCCCUCAUUUGCAAAACGUAUUUCAUUUUCAA